AUGCUGAAGACAACCAUUCUCUCUCUCAGCUUCGCCGCUGUGUUCCAGCGAGACGACGCCCCUAGCUCGUCAGUCCCCGCGCCCUCUGCCUCCGCCUCGGUCAGGCCGCCCGGCUUCGUGGAAUUCGGGAACACCUCCUCAGUCCCGGACAAGUGCAAGGACUCGUGUGCGCCGUGGCUCCAGACGCUGGACAACAACGGCAGCUGUCUGAGCUACCUCGACGUCGCGUCAAACGGGGACGGCAAGGGCUUCGACGAUGACUAUCUUGGCCUGAACUGCAAGAACAAGGACAACGGUCAAAUUGCAAGCCUGCAGCUGCUGUGUAACCACCUUGAUCAGUUCUCAACUUGCGGUCAUUGUCUGGUGCAGGACGCGCAGCGCGGGGAGCUUGAAGAUGGCAUCAAGGUCGUCACCAGCACGUGUAAGAAGCGCGGGCAGACGAUGCCGGCAAAGAUUGAGGGCGUCUCCAGCAGUGCCAACGCGCUCAGCGCUUCCGCCGCUAUUGCCUUGGGCGCACUCGCCGCUGCUGCCCUGUGCUAG